CCUCCUCAGGUGAAGUCGGGCAAGCAGAGGAAGGUGAUGGGUGUCCUGGACAUCUACGGCUUCGAGAUCUUCCAGGACAACGGCUUCGAGCAGUUCAUCAUCAACUACUGCAACGAGAAGCUGCAGCAAAUUUUCAUCCUGAUGACCCUGAAGGAGGAACAGGAGGAAUAUGUCCGAGAGGGCAUCCAGUGGACCCCAGUGGAGUUUUUUGACAACAGCAUCAUCUGCAACUUAAUCGAGAACAGCAAGGGCGGGAUCCUGGCCAUGCUGGACGAGGAGUGCCUGCGGCCCGGCGUGGUCAACGAGGACACCUUCCUCACCAAGCUGAACCAGCUCUUCGCCACCCACAAGCACUACGAGAGCAAGGAGACCCAGAACGCCCGGCACGUCAUGGAUGCCAGCCUGCCGCCGCACUGCUUCCGCAUCCACCACUACGCCGGCAAGGUGACCUACAACGUGAGGGGAUUCAUUGAGAAGAACAACGACCUGCUCUUCCGCGACCUCUCGCAGGCCAUGUGGGCCGCCCGGCACACGCUGCUGCGCUCCCUCUUCCCCGAGGGAGACCCCCAGAAGGUGUCCCUCAAGCUGCCUCCCACUGCUGGCUGCCAGUUCAAGAGCUCGGUGGCCACGCUGAUGAAGAACCUCUACUCCAAGAACCCCAACUACAUCAGGUGCAUCAAGCCCAACGAGACCAAGGCGCCGAUGCUCUUCACGCCGGAGCUGGUGCUGGCGCAGGUCCGGUACCUGGGGCUGAUGGAGAACGUGCGGGUGCGGCGAGCGGGCUACGCCUUCCGUAAGGGGCUGGGCCACCCUGUGGGCGCAGCUGGUGGCCCCCUGGCCCGGGGGCUGCGGGGCUCUGAUCCGCCACGUCUCCCGCUGCGGGGCAGGGAGGGGGUGAAGGUGCUGCUGUCGGAACUGGCGUUCCCCCCCGAGGAGCUGGCGUUUGGCCACACCAAGAUCUUCAUCCGCUCACCGCACACC